AUGUCUACCGAAGAAACCGGUCUCCCCGCUCACUGGACCGUGCGGUUCUCCAAGUCUAAGAACCUCCCAUACUACUUCAACACCUCUACCAACGCAUCGCAAUGGGCUCCUCCACCUGAUGCGGACACCGAGAAGCUGAAGGUGUAUAUGGCGAAUAAAUUCCCCGCCACGAUGCUGCAGCCGUCUGAGGGCGGUGGCCAGGCGGGGAAGAUCAGAUGCAGCCACUUGCUUGUCAAGCAUGAGGGAAGUAGAAGGGCUAGCUCAUGGAAGGAGGCCAAAAUUACAAGGACAAAGGAUGAGGCCAUGGAGAUAAUUCUCGGCUUCGAGGCGCGUGUGAGAGAUGGCUCGGUUAGCUUAGCUGACCUGGCGCUCACCGAGUCUGAUUGCAGCAGUGCGAGAAAGCGCGGCGAUCUUGGGUUCUUCGGAAGGGGCGAAAUGCAGAAGGAGUUUGAAGAUGCUGCCUUCGAGCUAAGACCUGGUGAGAUGAGCCAUGCUGUGGAGACUGCUUCUGGAAUCCAUCUUAUCGAAAGGUAUGCGCUUUCCUUCCUGUUUUCAUUUCUCUCCAUCUUGCUUGCCGCUUUCUCUAUCCCGAAUUUGGACGGCUCGAAACUAAUUCGGUGGCAUGUGGCAGGUUGGAAUGAACCUUUAGCUUUAGCAUUUUUCCCCCCACCCCUCCUGCGUUCAGGUAUUCUACUCGUUUACCGCCAUCUACUUAUAUCUUCCCCCUUCGCUUCUCAUCUUUUCCUCUGCUAG